UCAAGCUGGUAGUAAAACCUGGACUGGGUGACACUGCUGUGCAAUAGGAGUCUGAUUCCCAGCCAUGCAGUCAUGUUUAUUUCGUCCCCUCUAGCCGCCUCAGACCAACGUCUCCAGGAGAAGAUCAUCGGGGGAUACCCGUGCCGGCGCCUCACGCAGCCCUGGCAGGCUUCACUCAAUCUGGGAUACCACACCUGUGGGGGGGCGCUGCUCAACAGCCACUGGGUCAUCUCGGUCGCCCACUGCUGGUUCCCCCCGAGUCGAAUCCUGGUGGUGCUGGGUGAGCUGGACCUGUCGGAACACGAAGGCACGGAGCAGCCGCGCCGCGUCACCACUGCGCUCUGGCACCCGCUCUACGACCUCCGCACCCGGAGCCAUGACGUCAUGCUGCUGAGGCUGGCCGAGCCCGUCCACUUCACCCCGUACGUGCGACCCGUCCCGCUGCCCGUCAGCUGCCCCGCCACCGGGACCUACUGCACCGUCUCGGGCUGGGGCAACACCGUGGGGGACGGGUUCGUCCUGCCUAACAAGCUACGCUGUGCCGAGGCUGUUAUCUUUAGCGACCCGGACUGCGAGGCCGCCUACCCGGGGAUGAUAUCGGAGAGCAUGCUGUGCGCCGGAUACUCAGAUAUGGGUACUUCGGGUCCGUGCCAGGGUGAUUACGGGGGCGCGCUCGUGUGCGAUGGGGUGAUUCACGGGAUCGCGUCCUGGGGUGAGGUGUGCGCGGAUUCGGAGGGAGCGCGCCCGGCGGUGUACACGAAACUGUGCGCGGUCCUGCCUUGGAUAAAAAGCACGCUGACUGAUCCACGGGCGAGUCCAGCGACGCUUAACCCAUUCACUGCUGUUGUUUGAAAGCUUUUCUGUCGUUGCCUUAUUAAUCUUGGCUAGAAAUACCAAAAUAAUCAAAUCUGUUCAAAUAAUCAAAGUGUAAAGAAUUAAAAGAGAAAUUACUUUCACUUUCAAAAGGUGUUCUUGUUUGUUAGGC